UAUUUUUUUAACAAAUGAAGAUCCAUAAGGCCAUAAGUCAACACAAACCGCUUGAAACUAAAAACAAUCCGUCUCACUCUCUUCUUACUCAGUGCUUUGUUCCAAUUCCAUCUUCCUGGCUCCUGUUUUUUUGUGUUUAGCAAAUCGAAGGUAAGAUCUUGAAUCAGCCAUGGAUGCUUCACUUGAAUCCAAACAAGAAUCAAUAAACAAUAUUAUUACCCUUAAUGUUGGUGGUGAGCUUUUCCAAACUACCCAUCAAACCCUAGCUUUAUCUGGUUCUAAUUCGUUCCUUUCCACAAUUCCCAAUCAUUCAGAUACACCCUUUUUCAUUGAUAGAGAUCCUGAACUCUUUUCAAUCUUACUUUCUGUUCUUAGAACUGGAAAUCUCCCUUCCAAAUUCAAAACAAUUAAUCUUCAAGAUCUUAUUUAUGAAUCCCAAUUCUAUAGAAUCGAGCACAUUUUAAAGAAUUCUCUUUCAAACCCAUCUCAGUUCAACCCUUUAAAUCUCCAAAAAUCAUUGAUUCUUCCCUUAAAUGGAAGAGAUACCCCUUCUGCUAUUUCAACGACGUCGUUUGGCUCUGUUCAUCUUGCUCAUGGUAGUAAAAUCACAUCAUUUGAUUGGUCUUUAUCCAUGAAAUCAACCAUUUUGACCCAAUUUGUUGCAAUUGAUUCUCUUUUAGCCCUUUCUCCUAAUUUAGCUGCUGCUGGUGCCAUUGAUUUUUCCGGCCUGCAAAUCAUUGAUCUUCAAAAGGGUUUUGUGAAAAGCACUUUAGAUUGGCAGAAUUCAACUAGGUCUAGUUCUAAUGUUCAAUCCAUUGCUUCAUCUAAUCACUAUUUGUUCACUAGUUUUGAAUCUGGUAGGAGGAAUUCCAAUGCUAUUCUUGUUUAUGAUCUCUUAAAUGAUCUAAAACCUGUCAUCGAAAUUGGGUGUAACGAGAUUUUUGGUGCAGAAUUCAAUUGUUCUGCUAUCCCAGCUACAAAAUUGAGCUGGGUUUCUACUUAUAAUCUGUUAAUGUCAUCUGGGUCUCAUAGUGGACCCACUGGUGUAUUAGGAAACAUAAAAUUAUGGGAUAUUAGGUCAGGAAAUUUAGUUUGGGAGAUGAAUGAAAAAGUGGAUUGUUUUGCUGAUGUUUCUGUUUCCAAUUCAUUGUCAUGUAUGUUUAAAGUUGGUAUAAAUUCCGGUGAAGUAUCUUUCGUCGAUAUGAGAAACCUAAGUCCCGAGAGCGAAUGGGUGUGUUUAGGGAACGAAACGAGGUUGAAAACCGCGAAAAAAGAGGGAUUAGGCUGUAAGGUAGAAUGCCAUGGAGAUCGUGUUUUUGUUAGUAAAGGUGGGGAUGUUGAGUUAUGGUCAGAGGUAGUAUUGGUUAGUUCAAAUGGGGGUGAAAAUGUGUUGAAUGAUAGGGUUUUUAAGAGGAAUUUGAUGGGAAGAGCUAAGGAUAUGAGUAGUAAUCGAAUUACGAACUUGAGAUUUGGCGGGAAUAAGAUGUUUGUCACAAGAAAGGAUCAACCGGUUGUUGAAGUUUGGGAGUGCUCGACUCAAGGAUUGUAAAUUCGUUUACUCGAAUAUUUUGUAGUUUCGGAAGUUGGUUUACAUUCGUUUACUCAAACGUAUGAUGAACUUUUUGUUGUGAUUUGUAAAUUCGUGUUGUAUCAAGUGAGUCUUGAAGGAAACUAAUGAGUAAUUGCAUUUUCAUUGCUUUAUGUUAGUUAUUUCUCUGUUAUGUUUGGGACGUUUUACCAGUUUGUGGCUGUCUCCCCCUUGAGGGCAUCUCCCUCGACCCUCAACCCUCGACCCUCAACCCUCGACUAUGAGUCUAUGACCUUCCUCGACCCCUUCUCGUGGGCAAGCUGAAUGACCUAAUUUGCUGCGAUGAUCUGUGCCAUCUCGGGACUGGCCAGGUUCCACUGAGAACGAGAACCUGCAUACAAUGGCCUCGUCAGUCUCUACUAGGGGUGUUCAAUGGGCCGCGCGCGCCCCCAUUUGAGCCCUUAUCCUGCCCGUUUUUAGAAGGGUUUUAAAAGGGACGGGCCAAAUUGGAUCGGGCCAAAAACAAACUCAACUAUAAUUAAAAUGAAGUGGGCUAUAAAAAGGGCUCAAUAAGGAUCGAAACAGGCCUUCAUAAAUAGCAUAAUUAGUCUCUACUGGUGCCAUGAUCUUUGUCAUCUCGGGACUGGCUAGGUUCCACUCAGAAUGAGCGAGAACCUGCAUACAAUGGCAUAUCACAAAUUCUUGUAUGAGACAGUCUCACCGUGAGACAUACCUUAUAUUUGGGUUAAAUAGCUUAAUAAUAGAAACAUUUAGCUUAUGCGCUUCUUGUUUUGGGGUCGUCCCACCGUGAGAUGGUCUCAUACAAGACGAGUUAAAGUAUUCCCUUUCCAUUUCAUUUUCAACACUCAUACCAAACACCUCCUCAAUGUCCAAACUUCGGAGCUAAGAAUCUCACAUACACUAAAACAGAGGCCUUACCUAGAAGUGUAUCUUCGGGUGAUGAAACACUAAAAUGUCGAGUGUUCAGUUCAUCCUAUAGUAGUAUCCUAGAACCGCCCCUAAUUGCCAAGCAUCUUAUACUCAUACCAAACACCUCCUCAAUGUCCAAACUUCGGAGCUAAAGAAUCUCACAUACACUAAAACAGAGGCCUUACCUAGAAGUGUAUAUUCUGAUGAUGAAACACUAAAAUAUCGAGUGUUCAGCUCAUCCUAUAGUAGUAUCCUAGAACCGCCCCUAAUUGCCAAGCAUCUUAUACUCAUACCAAACACCUCCUCAAUGUCAAAACUUCGGAGCUAAAGAAUCUCACAUACACUAAAACUAGGCAUGGCCACGGUCCGGGUUGGUCCGGUUCCGUUCCGGUUCCAUCCGGUUCCGGUUCCACCCGGUUCCGGUUCCAUUUGGAACCUGUCGCGAACGGUUCCGGUUCCGGUUCCGGUUCCGGGCGGUUCCAAACGGUUCCUUAGCGGUUCAUGAGGCGGUUCCGGCGGUUCCAACUCACAGGACGGGCGGGUCGGACCAUCGGUUCCAUUUUAAUUUUUUCUUUAAAUUUUUGUAUAAUAAAAAAAUACUAUAAUAUCGCGGACGUACCUUUGAUGAUUACUUGAUUAUUAGCGAAAUUCAUUGCAUGUCAAGUUGUCAUCGUUAUUGAAAUAUUUACUAAAAUGAAUGGAAAAAAAUUAAUUAAUAAGAAACGAAUCAAUGAUAAUGUCGAUAAAGAUGAUUAAUAAAAAAAGAGGGAGAAAAUGGACUUGAACCUAGUACCCAAAUGAAUACUAAGCUGCCUACGUAUCCCGAAGGAAUCAAAGCCCACGUAGUUCUUU